AAGCCAUCUUGGAUUCUCCAUUUGACGUUUUUCGUGAUCUGUGUUCACUCACCUUGUUAUUUUGAUUGUUUGAAGUGCAGUCAUGGAUGAAGAAUAUGAUGUAAUCGUUCUUGGCACCGGCCUGAAGGAAUGUAUUUUGAGCGGCAUUUCAUCUGUAGAGAAGAAGAAAGUCCUGCACAUGGACAGGAACAAAUAUUACGGUGGUGACAGUGCAUCAAUUUCACCGCUUGAAGAUUUAUGGGAAUACUUCAAAGAGAAGCCAGAGAAAAUCAAAAUGGAAAAAUAUGGGCGUGGUCGAGAUUGGAAUGUUGACCUCAUUCCUAAGUUUCUUAUGGUCAGUGGUCAGCUGGUAAAGCUCCUCAUUUAUACUGGUGUGACAAAGUACUUGGAGUUCAAGGGAAUUGAUGGAAGCUAUGUGUACCAAGGUGAAGGCAUGAUAUUCAAGGUUCCAUCGAAUGAGAAAGAGGCCCUUUCCUCUAAUCUAAUGGGCAUGAUGGAAAAGAGGCGAUUCAAGAACUUCCUAUGCUAUGUGACCUUGUUCAAUGAGGAGGAUCCUGCUACAUUUGAUGGGGUUGACCCUGGAAAAACAACCACUAAGGAAUUGUAUGACAAGUUUGGGUUGGAGCAGAACACGGCUGAUUUCACUGGACAUGCAAUUGCACUUUAUUUAGAUGAUUCAUAUAUGGAUAAACCUUGCCUAGAAACUAUCAAAAGGAUAAAAUUGUACUAUGAAUCUCUAGCAAGGUAUGGCAAGUCACCAUAUCUGUAUCCCUUGUAUGGUCUAGGAGAAUUACCACAGGGCUUUGCCAGGCUUUCUGCUGUUUUUGGAGGGACCUACAUGUUAAACAAACCGGUUGAUGAAAUUGUGAUGGAGAAUGGUCAAGUUGUAGGAGUGAAGUCUGAAGGAAAGGUUGCCAAAUGUAAGGCUGUUAUCUGUGAUCCAUCAUAUGCUCCGGACGGUUGCAUCAAGAAGGUCGGACAGGUUGUUCGAGCCAUCUGCCUUCUUAAGAAUCGCAUUCCUGAAACUGGUGACAACGAAUCUUGUCAAAUCAUAAUUCCACAGAUUCAAGCAAAUCGCAAAUCUGAUAUAUAUGUGUGUUGUGUGUCUGGGGCACACCAAGUUGCGAAUCAAGAAUACUACCUUGCCAUAGUAAGCACAACUGUAGAAACUGAUCACCCAGAAGAAGAACUAAUGCCUGGGCUUCAAUUACUUGGACCUAUUGAAAAGAAAUUUGUUGCAGUUUGUGACCUCUUUGAGCCAACUGAUGAUGGCACUCAGUCUAAGCUUUUCAUAUCGACUUCCUACGAUGCCACAACCCAUUUCGAAACAACGUGCACAGAUGUUUUGGAUAUCUACAAGAGAAUGAUGGGAAAAGAUCUGGAUUAUUCUUCUAUCACAACACCAUCAGAGGAGUGCCCACAGUAACCUAGUCUUGUCAGUGUACAGCUGAGUUGCCCAGCCUUGGCUCUUCUAGCCAGAGUGAUAGGAACAUGAGUUUUAUGUGGUUGAUGUUGUGUAGUGUGACGCUCAGAGAGCUGAUGGGGUUGGAGAUAUGUGGGAUAGCAAGAUUGGGUUCAUUGCUUCCAAUGUAUGAUAUUGUGUACUAGAGAUGCACAAAGGAGCCUGGGGCUAUUUUGCUUGUCAUUUGAUUCCCAAAGCUGAAUUAUUGUUAAUUGGAGCAGUGAUCAAGCUUUGAUUUUUGAUGGUCUGAAAAGGUGAUAGGUUCUACAAUUGAAAUUUUGUCAGCUGUUUGAUAGUUACAUAGUACACACUAAAUCUUCCACUAAGCUAUUUGAAAGAGAAUGUGAGACAACUUUCAGUGUUACAGGAGAGGCUGAGGAAAGGAUGUUUUGUGUGACAAAAAGAAAAUUUACUGUCUCUGCAAGUCGGGCAGUCUAGAUGUAUUCAUGAUGUUGUUGAGCACAGACAUUUUGGUCAUAUAUUUACAAAGUGCUUAUCGAGUCAAUAUAGUCUAUGUCAGUGUACUUAUGCCUUAAUGGAAACAACAGUAACAAGCAUUGUUUUGAUGCUUCUUUGUGCUUUUUUGCCAAAUAGGUGUUCACAUCAGAUUUUUGCAUUAUAUCCUAAAAGCGCUGUUCACGUGAUAUUAGAACCAGCUCUGUCAGUAAUAUGGCACCUACAUGUAACUGGAGUUUAACUCUCUUGCUUGGUGAUUUGUUAACGAAAUACGAAAUAUGUGAAAAUUUGUUUAGUAAAGGAUACAAGCAUAUCGUGUUAAGGUAUCUUAGCGGCAGGAUUCUUAGGACCACCAUGACUGACUGGAGUUCAAGUAGUCGCCUUUUAUUCUUUUAAAGAUUACAUUGUAACAUUUUGUUUUAUUUUGUUAUUGCUAAAUGUCUGGUAUGGUUGCAGAGUAGUUGCUAUUACUAAGGUGCUUGAAUAAUGCAGUUGGGAUGUGCACAAGUUUUAGCAUCCCUCCUUUUGUGGGGAGUCAAGGAUCUGAGUAUCAAUUUGAGGGCGGGAAAGUUUUACCGAGACUCAUGUCUUGGCUUUUGAGCCGUGUAUAAUAAAGUAUCUGGAGUAGUUGCUUUUUCCUUGCAUCUAAUAAUGCUGUGCUGCCUCUGGUGUUCACCCAGUGGUCACAUUUUCAGACAAACUUAAAAUGUAAAUGAAUUUCGUAUUAAAAUGGUUCUAUCCCUCUUUCCUGUUACAAAAAAUAAAACUACCAAAAUGUGUUGAACUCCUUGUCUUUGAGGAUUCAAACGUUCAAGUUUCAAAGAAGGAGUCCUCUGAGAAAAACGGCAAACCAAAAUUUAUAUCUUCACACAAACAAAAUAGAGGGAAGGACUGCACCCUUUAAGAAUUAAUGCCGACAUUUCACAAGUCCCCGCUGUGCCGAGUGCUUGUACUUAGUGUAUGAAUUUCUGAUGACUGUCGGAAGUGAAAUAUUUCUUGGUCAACUUGGUUUUUAGCUACAGUUGUUUUACAAGACAAUGACAAUCUGUAUAUCUAGAUCUGUAUAUUUUGUUAUCACUUCAUGACAUCUAUUUUCAGUGUUGUAUGUAUUUAGUACAAAGUUUUCCUUUUUUUGAAAGAAAAUCUGUCGGAAUUGUUGCAUAAUUUAGUUGCCACGUAAAUGGUGAAGAGAGAAUUUUUCUUUGGUGCUUUAUAGUUCUUAGAUUUUUGGUGCUUUUGUAUUACAUGUUCAAAUCAGAGAUGCUGGUCUCCACAAAACUUAAAUAAAUGGCGUAUUGCAAAGAUGAAGAUUUAGGUUGAAAAUGUUUUGCAUUUAUUCAUUGAUUUAUGUGCAAUUCAUAUUAUUGCUAUUGUGCUAAUCAAAGAUCUUUCUAACUUGCACUUGGAGUUUAAAACAUUGAAUGGCUUCAGAAAUCAACGCUCACUAUUUGUAAAUUGAAAGUAUUCAUAUUCUGUGAAUAUUUUGCUAUGCAUGUUCACUUAAAAACAUGAUUAGACCUGCAGUAGUUUGUAAAUUUAGGGUCAAACUGACUAUAGUCUAUCAUGAAUGUAGAUUCUUGAAAAAUGGCAGAGCUAUGCUGUAAUUUCCCAAGUCACUAUUUUUGACAUCUAAUAACAGCAAUUUUCUUAACUUGAAAAAGACCUUUGGUACCAAAUGUUUACCAAAAACUUAUACUUCAGACCUGGAAUGAAUGGGUUUUGGUGUUACAUUUGUGAAAUGAGAACAUACCACAUUUAAGUCUAUACUGUGAUUUUGUGCUUAAAUUUCCAUUAGAUUUCUUUCAUAGAUCUGUUUUUAUUUACAAUUUCAUUAUGCAUUUCAGAACGUUUGUUAUAUUUGUUAGUGAUUUGAACUGUCCCCAGCUGUUCUACGUUGUUGCCUCUGCUUGUCCGAAAUACUACAGCCUUUGGGUGCUUUGUUUGUUGAGCCCAGAGACGGAUAGGCACUGGCUGAUGCUCUGGCCCUUCCCCUUCAUUGUCAGUCAAGCUCCUACACUCGUAUCAAUGCACUGAUAAUGCGUCUAGACAGUGCCAAGUAAGACAUCCCUCUUGUCCGAUUGGCUGUUUUCUAUGUAAAACUAGGAGUCGAACGUCCCUUCUUAAUAUCCAGUUACUUUUAGAGUGUGUGCUUAGUUCUUUUUCAACAUUCCACAAGGCAGAAUUCCAAUCAUUAAAAACUUAAGCAUUGGAUGCCAUGACGAUUGUUUGCCUGGUAAUAAUUCAAAGCCCUUGAUCUGUACCCCCCCCCCUUCUGUUCCUAUUUAUUGCAGGCAUUUACUCAAGUUGUAACAACUGAUACGCUUUAGACAUAUUUUUUUAUCAAUGUUAAUAAAUUGUCACCAUCUGUAUUUUGUCUGACACCUGCUUUUGGCUCUCAGUGAGAUAUAAUUUAUUGCUUUUAAAACCUGUAUCUUUCUAUACACAAUUUAUCUAUACAUAUACAUAAUAACUGAUCAAAGUCUGUCAAGUUAUCUGGCACAUAAUCGUUAUUAGUGUUGUGUGACGCAUAAAAAAUCAGAGCACUCAUAAAGUAUAAGAUGAGGGGAAUUGUCCUCAAGCCUGUCUUUCUUAGGAUAUCGAAUCUGUCUAUGUACAUCUGCCCCCCAUUGCAUGCUAGUAAGAAGCAUUGGCAUUGGCAAAACUUCAUGCCUGUUUUAAUAAAGCCUUUAACUUCAAACUUAAAUCACUGGUCGGUUUGGCUUUUGUUCGUCAGCACCACCUGGACUCGUCCACAGGUAAUGACAAAGGGACUCUACAAAACAGUCAUUUGAUACCUUCAGUUUGGGCACUAAAGUUGUGAAUACUAGGUACAAGUGUAGGACAGGUCUCCUGUUCCAGCCCACGAGGAACAGGCAUGAUGUUUUUUCCAAUACAUUUCUCAAUGUAUUUCUGCAUUUUAAUCGGCUGAAUCAUCUAACAUGGUCAGCAUUCUGUGUACACUCCCCUGUCUGGACCAAUGAGGUUGAUUAUAGCUUUACAUGUAUAGCGUGGAAGAUAAUUUGUACUGCCUAUAUUUUCUACAUGUUCUAUAUUUUCAAUGGCUGAAGUAAAUAUGUUGUUAAAAUGGAACUUGUUUGAUGGUUUUGUCACCUUAUUUUCAAAAGCACUGAUUGGCUGAAAUCCUGGAGCUGGUUGUUUUUGAGAUAAUCAGUUAUAAGAUGCCAAACCCACCAUCCAUAUACUUGUGUGUUCCAUUAAAAUUUUCUGUAAGGUUGCCAGUCAUUAUGCAUUGGCAAGUUUGCUUAACAGUGUAAUUAAUUGGUUGGCGUAGUUGGCUCUCAAUCACUACAUAACAUUAUAUUUUGGCCAAAACUACACCUCGACCUAUGGUGGUUGGUUUGUAUGGUAGUGAAAUGUAUUAAUGCACCUAGGACAAGAGAUGUGGAUCAUGUUGGGUCUUGAAAUGAAAGGGUGUUUCAUGAAAGGAAGUGAUUUUGGAUGGAAUUAAUGUUUAUCCUUGAUGAAAUGCCUUUCUAUAUGGUUUAUGCUAAACUUGUAUAUCAGGUCCAUCAUUGCCGCACGGGGCAUUGAUAGAUUUCAGAUUCUCUAUCCUAUGUUAGCAGGUUGUCCAAAUUCUGGCGAAAUUUCUUCUCAGUCUUAGGCGGUUCUAUACUCCAUGUGUACUUUCUUUAGAUCAUGGUUAGUGACCACUGGGGUAGAAAGAUGUGCAUAAAAGACUUCUUCAAUUACUCACCUGUAGUGCAGUUUAUGUAGAUGGAAUAAAACAUCAUUAU